UUGGGACGGGUCUCCUCUGGUGUGUCCAUUGGACGGCUGGACGCACACAGACUGUAACAAACGGGGCCGUUAAUUCAAUCUCAGCUCCUUUAACCGGACUUUAAUUCAGAUUUAAAUCCACCAUGACUCUGAACAUGGACACAGAGUCAGUUUGGGGUCUGUGUGCGGUGAGCAGCAGCUAAAACUUUCUCUAACUGAACCAUGGAGACGAGGAGGAAGCGGACAGCAGCGACAACACAAAAGUCAGUUGACAAACGGCUCAGUGUCCCGGCAGAUAACAACGGAAGAAUGGACGAUGUGAAAACUGGCCCGAACCGGGACUGACGCUCCUGUCCGGGUCUCCUCAGCCUACAUGUCACCCUCCUCUCCCUGCCAGAUGCCUCCGCGGGGUGACGGGGGCUACAAGCCGGCACCGGUGUCCCCUGCUCCGCCUGUCCCACCGAGGAGGGUCAGGGGCUCCGGCAGGACGCGGCGGUCUGGUGCAGGGGCAGGGGCAGCGGGAGCCGGAGCAGCGGAGAGGCGGGUGAAGUGUGUGCUGGUGGGGGACGGAGCUGUGGGGAAAACCAGCCUGGUGGUCAGCUACACCACCAACGGGUACCCCACCGAGUACGUGCCCACGGCGUUUGACAACUUCUCAGCGGUGGUAUCAGUGGACGGGCAGCCAGUCAAACUACAACUCUGUGACACAGCCGGACAGGAUGAGUUUGACAAGCUGCGGCCUCUGUGUUACACCAGUGCAGAUGUGUUCCUGCUGUGCUUCAGCGUCGUCAGUCCUGCUUCCUUCCAGAACGUUCCUGAAAAGUGGGUUCCAGAGAUCCGCAGACAUGCACCCUUCGCGCCUCUGGUCCUAGUUGGGACACAGUGUGACCUCCGAGAAGAUGUCAAGGUUCUCAUUGACCUGGCUAAGUACCGGGAGCGACCUGUGGACCCAGCAGAUGCCCGGGACUGUGCGAUGGAGAUCGGCGCUGUGGCCUACAUGGAGUGCUCUUCCCUGACCCAAAAAAAUUUAAAGGAAGUGUUUGACACGGCCAUAUUGGCCAGCCUGCAGAAUUACAGCUCCCAUAAGCACUCGAGAGGGAAACAGAAACGACGCAAAAAGCAAAGGCAGACACCGGACAAGAUGAAGAGUCUGUCUAAGUCAUGGUGGAAAAGGUACUGCUGCGUGGCCUAGAGCAGACCUGCGAUGGGUUUGUGUCUUAGACUCCGAUGUUAACUUUACCCUGGUCUGGAUUCAGCUGGGUUUGGGUUCUUCCUGGACUUGCUCCAAGUUUGGGUUUCUCUCUAAUGGAGCGUGACGUUGAGCAGGACCUCGACUGGACUGUGGCUGGGAACCAAAGUAAGACUGUCACAGAUCUGAAAUGUUUUUGUUUUUUAUUCAAAGAGGGGUUUUAAGUCUUAUCAUGGAUGAGAUUUACUACUGAGCUCUAUCAAAACCUGCUGGGGAAAUACAGCAGUACUGCCGUGUCCUUUUUCUGACCUGGUUUGAAUCUUAGCCUGCCUCCAGUACGAGCCCUCUGCAGGAGAAGGUGCGUCUGCCUCUGCUGGUGUUUAACUGGUAUGGACUGAGACUAUGUCAUGGUGGAUGCGACAAUGUUGCUUAUGAUUAGAGCGGCCCAGAUUUGAACAAGAAACAGUCUCCUCUGUGUCAAACACAUAAAAUGGAAUAAUUUUAGUCUAGUGUUCUGGUGUCCCAACCUAGUAUGGAUAUAUGUGAGCAUGUUGUGUCACCUGGAGAGGAGCUUGACUUACUGGAACUGCAACUAAACAUCAUUUGUCUAACCUGUUUCCAACAUUAAUGAUCAGAAGAACUGCUGACUAAAAUAGUGCUUCCCUGAAAUUAAACUUUGUCCUUAUUAACUUAUGACAAGAUGAAGACAUAUUGGAUUUUCUGACCUAGACAUGAUCACCUGACAUUAUCAUAGUCAGAACUUCGUCAACUCAUCAAGCCCGUGGUUAAUUUUAGAGCUUCUUUUUAUAACUGGGAUCACUGUUGCUCUAAUGAAUGAUUUUAUUAAACAGUCAAUAAUUUUAUCCUGGUCACAACUUACAAAAUCUAAUCUGAAACAUUGAUCAUAGUUUACUUACGUGGUCCUCUAUUUUAGUUUCGAUCUGAGCUAUUUAUGUAAAUAAGUCUGGCUUGGCUCUUAGUGUGGUUUUUCCUCACGUCCCGCUACUGUCAGGCCCAGAAGGAAGCCAGACAGCGAAUACGUUUUUUGUGGCUGAGAAGCACGUCUCAUACUCUGUCUUAUUUGCAACAGAACUAAGAAUGCCAAUGUCUUUGUCCACAAUGAGGGUAAAAAGUGAUCAUUCAUCAUCGUCAUCUAUCCGACAUUAGCACUAUAGGACUCUGCAGUCUGGCUUGCACUUGACCUUAUCAGGCAGUAGAAUAUUUUGCAAUUUUCAUGUUUGUCCUCUCUUUAUUAUCACAUUGUCCCACAAGCCACAACUUUGCUUAGUGCUGUAGCCAAGUGACUUCUGUAGAGAAGGCCUUUUUCACAUGCAAAGAAGGAAUCCAGUCUAAAACAAAACUACCAGGAUCUGAAAUGUUCAUCCUGUCAACCAGUAACUAGCGUCCGCAGGGCAAAAGUUGAAAGGCAGACUAAUACUAAACUGGUUUCAGAUAUUUGUACUGCUUGGUGUGUAUUUGAUUUAUCUUUCUGCACACUUAAACCGCCUUACUGUAAGUGUGAGCACUUAACAGAAUUAGAUCAACCAAUUCUCUUUGCAUGUGUUUGAAUUAACAAAAUGAGCUCGGCUGUUUGUUUCUGCUGGUUUGCCGCGAUAAAAUAACUCAGAACAAACUGGGGAAUAAACAAAGAUGGGUUUUAUUUCUUAGCUUUUCAAUGCAAUUGUGUAUCCAAGACUGUGAAGUUUGAAUUAUGUGAAGUCUUUUCUUAAUAGUUAUGAGUUUGAUUCGUCAUGUUUGACGCUCUGCAUUUGUUCCCUUUACCCAAAAUAUGCUUUAUUACAGAAGUAACCAGUGGUAAUUUAUACCAUUCUGCAUUCAUAAUGCUUUAAUACAACAGAGACAUUUAGUGUCUGUGUGCUCUGAUAGUUCUGUAGCCUGUUUUAUCUUCAAUAGAUUAAGUUCCAUGUGUUUUAAAGCAGAAAUAAAAAGAAAAUGUGUGGAUGUCAAACACUCAGCUGCCACACCUUCCUUUGUACAUUGUAGCUACUAAAACCAGAACAAAAUCCAGUAAUUUACAACCAUUUCUCUACAGUGCCUUCAUCUGAAUGGCUCUUUGUAUUAGAGUCACUGCAGCAGGGAGGAAAAAGGGUGCAACUAGGUUGCAGUCUGUAAAAGAUUCAAAGCAGAUCUGCCAUCAUUUAGUGUGCAACUUGAUUCAUAUUGAUCAGACAUAAAGACAAAAAUAAUUUUCACUCACGCUCUUCAGUCUAACUAUGACCUAAGCACCUGUCUGGAAUACAUCCCGGGACAAGUUAAACCUUUGUCUGACUAGUAACUCAGAGGUUAAAGGACAAGGUUAAAGGUUCAGGGUUAACACCGUCACAACUGUUUCCAUCUCACAACAAUGUUUCAUGUGACAACUAAUAUUCUGCUGCUUUUGUGCUAAGUAAUUCCCACCAGUUAUAAUAACCCAUGUUUCUAAUUAUAUUCCUGACAAAGUCAAACAAAUAAACAAACAGACACAACCCUGCUCUGGAGGGGUUUUAGUCAUUCUUGGGCUAAGAGUUGGGGAUGUCUGAUAGCUGUUAGCUCAGCGUUAAGAAAGCUGUAAACUCUGGGCUAAAAGGCGUCUGAACCCUGGAUUAAGUUUAAGGUGAAAGCCUUGUUAAUGUUGCAAAAGUGAAGCCAACCAGCUUCACUUUUCUAGUGUUUCUCUGCUGGUGUGAAUGGAGUGAGCUGUGGUGUGCCUCAAAAUUUUAUCAACAUGAAUCCCUGUUAAAUGUAAGGCUUAAGUUAAAAGUUAAACUAAACGUUAACUGUCUAGUUGAUGCAAACUGAGACAAGACUGCCACAACAUGCACAUUCAUAGUGGAGGAUUUGUGCGACUCUGUGGAAUAUAUUCACCCAGUUAGUUAACAGCUCCUCUAAACUUUUCUGUUUUGUGCGUCUAAGUUUCCCAAAACACUACAGCUUGAUCUUUGCACUAAAAUUUGGUCCCUUACAGACUUUCCUGCAAAAAUAUCCUUGUGUGUAACCCAAACUGAUCUGCUGUGUUUUCUACUAUCUGGUUUCAAGUUGUAUACUAAUACACGCACACAGUGUUGCUAAAGAGAGAGCUGAAUCUAAAAUGUAUCUCAAGUUGAAAUGUCGAUGUUAGGCCCGUGUAUAAAACUGAGACUCCAGAUUUUAAGACUGGAGCUGUUUGGCAGUUCUCUGCUGAAGAUGUUACGACUGCGACUGAAUGGGUUCACUGUGUCGACGUUUUACUCAUGAUAGCAAAUGCAUUGUUUCUUGCUUGGGGGGAAAAGGCAUAAUAAGUUGCUUGUCUUGCUGUUUGUGUGCAGUCUUAGCUGAUGGUGGAUUUAAGUAGGGUAAAGGUCACACAGACCCUUAUGAUAGCUGGCGUUUCCUCUGUCAGGUCUCAUCAGUUCUACCUGCAUACAUGUAUAACUUAAAGAGAGCACAGUAAGUUUGUCGUCGCAGUGUUUGUUUGCGUGCAGCACGUGGUUUGGCCUGCUUUAUACUGAAAGUCACUGUGUUAGAUUAUUUAGUAUAGUAUAUCAGUUAGUCAUGCUGUGUUACCUUUAAUUUUCUGGCAUGCCUUCACAGAGAGCAAACAUAUUGAUUCAUUGGGGGCCAUGUUUAGCAAGAGCAAAACUAUAUCAAAACAUCUGUUUACAAACUCUCAUACAACUCAUGCAGUAUAAUCCAAGACUCAUUUAUCCAGUCAGAUACUCAGGAGUUCCCAAACACAUUCAUUUUUGCUAAAAAAAAACCCAAACCCAAACAUAGUUUUUGAGUCUGGCUUUGAAGAGAGCAGAUAUGUUUCUCUUUUAGUUCAGUUUUACAUUUUAAGGUUUUAGCGAAAAUGCAUGUGUUUGGGAAGUACUGAGCAUCCAGCUGGAUAAAUGAGACGAGUUGUGUGAAAGUUUGUAAAAACGUGUAGUUUUCCUGUUGUGAAAGGUGGUCCCAUGUCAAUCAAUAAAUGAAUAUGUAUAAGUAAACAGAACUCCCUCUGUACAGCCAGUCCGAAGGAUCAGGUGCUGGUACACAGGAACGUCUCAGAUAGAAUAAUCAACAUAAACCACCGCACACUGAGCUGAAUUACUGUUAUUUUAUUGAGAGCAAACAACGUAUUUCACCCAUGGCUUCUUCAGGUUCGCUCAACAGAAGAUUCUGUUGAGCCAUGGGUGAAACGCGUUGUUCGCUCUCAAUAAAAUCACAGUAAAUCAUUAUGUAUGUCAAGAACGUUUCCCUAAUGCAACGGUUCGUAUAAUAUUCUAUGAAAAAGCUCACAUAACUAUUUAUAUGAUAACGUGAAGUUACGGAGGUUAGGUUUAGGCAAGUAAAGUAACUGUGGUUAGGUUAAGAGAAAAGAAACAUGGUGAGGACAGACCUUAAAAUGUCUCAAAGUUCACACUGGUCUCCUGGGGAAAGUCCUGUGUUUUGUGAGCCGACCUGUCUCCUUACAGGAGCACUUUCUUGUUUACUUCCAUCAGCACAUUGGUCACAUGAUCACAGCUUUCCAAAAUAUGCAGGUUAUACUCAAAUUACUGGCUCUUGAUUACUUGGGAUACGUAUGACUAUUGUUGCAUAACUUUACGUCAGAAACCGUAUGAACACUGCAUGAGAACAGCUUGAUAUACAAAUGGUCAUUUUGAGGGUGAAGUAUUUCUUUAAAGCGAGUCCAUGCUGUCCUCUCUGCCACAAGUGAACAUAGUUUAACAGUAAAACAAGUAGAGAAGAGCCAUAACUUUCUAAUUGAACUUCUAAUUUAGCAAGUAAGGCUGUAGCAGUGAAACUCCUGAGUAUAUUGAAUUAGAAAACGGUGCAUGUCUCCACUUACAACUUCAACUUUUCAUGUGUAAUAAUCUUAUUUAUUUUUAUACAUGUUACAUUGUCUCACUUUAACGUGUUAACUGCUUUGCAGGAGCCAGAGUAGGCUGGUUGAUCCACAGCAGUGUGAGUCCUGUGUGACAGAUGGACGGCUUUGUAAUGUUGAACAGAUGGGUCUCUGAAAGUGAACUAUUGUGUUUAAAGAUGGUCAGAGAAGAGACAUGAACUUGACUGUCCACUAGGCAGACUGAGGAUUGUGCUGGAAAGUCUGUGUUUUGUUGAAGGUUAGACAGAAAAGUUAAUGUCCUGUGUUUGUGACAGGUGCAAAGUCUGGAUGUGGACCGGACAAUAUGACUGCAAUGGCUGACCUCAGUUAUUGUGAUUAAUGUGGUGUUGGAAUUUAUGAUUCAAAAUGAAACGGUUUCUGCGUGUGAAAGGCUCUCGGAUUACUGUAAACAAAUCAGUGUUUGUAGACUUUAAUUCCCACACAUUCCUAAUUAUUGAUUGCACAAGAAUUUCCCAUAAAGCUCAGGGAGUUUAAACAAAAGCAGACCGCCUGGGGAAGCAGACAGAGCGGCUCAUUCUUGAGAUUUCAUUGUUUUAUUGAGGUUGAUACCCCCUGAAGCACACCUGAGCUCACUCACAUGGGGCACCAGCUGAGAGCUUCUCUGAGGAAACCGCCCCACUCAGCCUGUGUGAAACAUCAUUUUUUCUGCAUGUAAAAACAUUGUAACAGCUGCCACAUCCCGCUCACACUGAACUCUCUGUUUAACUGAGGACGUCAGUCGGAGAAAGAAGUGUUUGUACAGAAGUUUUAUACCCUGAGAAAUAAAGAAUAUUGUGUAUAAUA